GCCUUCAGUGCGUUCAGGAAAACUAGCUCCUACUGGGGAAAAAAUCGUUUUGACCCGUCAUCCAACUUGGAAUUCCAAGUCGGAAACUAAGGCAUCUUUGUAGAGGUGCGACUUGCCGAUUUGAAGAUCACUGACGUCAUGAUUUUGCCUUUUUUUUAUUUAUUAUUUUUUAGCUCCAAGUUGUCUUGAAAGCACCAAAAGGUCCAGAGCCAGUCCGGGAGGAAAUGUGACGUGGUUUAUUUGCCUGGGAAAGGGGCAGACCCGAAACCCGUACAAGGCAUAGGCUAAUUGUAUUUGUGAAAUAUAGCCUACAUAAAUACCAAUAGUUGGGCUACAGUCGGCCAGGGGGGUGCGUUUCAUUAGGCUGAAGUCAAGUGAGAUAAACGAUUGAUGGAAUAAAGGUCGGGUUGUCACGCUUUGGAAAGUGCGGGCGGUGGAGGAAUUGCGAAAAGGAUUUCAUUUGUGAGAGAGGAGUGCUCUAGCAAGUUAUGUCUUCAGCAGUCCAUUCUGCACGGGGGUGGCCAUAUAGAUGAAUGACUGAAUGACCGUUUGGAGGUUUUACAACAACAACAAAAAACCGUUUUUUUCCCGGAAUAUGUCUGAGAUUUUAUUGGACUAUUUGACCGAUUUCGUUUCAAUAUAGUUAUAGUUGUAUAUCCUUGAUGACUUGAUAGGCUACCUAGUGGAAAUACCGAUAUUGGAUUUGUACAGAACAUUUGACCUCCAUAGGUGAUUUGUGAUUAUUGAGCCUUUAUAACAUUUUGUAAUAUGGCACGUUAUUUUGAAGGUCUCAGUAAGGGUGUGCCUAACGGAGGGAUGGCCCAGUUUCAGGAGGUGAUGAGGCAGCAGCUGGAGACCUCCAUGCACGCGGAGCUGGAGAAACUACUGGACACUGCCACGGGGGUCGACAAGGAGGUCUCCAUGAAGGACUUUGAUGGAUUCAAGAAGCUGUUCCACAGGUUUCUGCAGGUGAAGGGGCCAUCGGUGGACUGGCCCAAGAUACACAGACCUCCAGAAGACUCCAUCCAGCCCUAUGAUAAGAUAGCAGCGCGGCCCCUGCCGGACAGCCUGGCAGACAGUCUCAACAAGCUGGUGGUAGUCAAGUUGAAUGGAGGCCUGGGGACCAGCAUGGGCUGUAAAGGCCCCAAGAGCCUCAUCAGCGUCCGCAACGAGAACACUUUCCUGGACCUCACCGUGCAGCAGAUAGAGCACUUGAACAAGAAGUACAACACAGACGUUCCUCUGGUCCUGAUGAACUCCUUCAACACGGAUGAAGACACCAAGAAGAUCCUUCAGAAAUACACACACCACCGUGUCAAGAUACACACCUUCAACCAGAGCAGGUACCCCCGUAUUAACAAAGAGUCCCUCCUGCCUGUGGCCACAGACAUUGGUAUGACGGGUGAGAAUGCUGACGUGUGGUACCCUCCUGGCCAUGGGGAUAUCUACGCCAGCUUCUACAACUCUGGUCUGCUGGAUCAGCUCAUCACAGAGGGCAAGGAGUACAUCUUUGUGUCUAACAUUGAUAACCUGGGGGCUACGGUGGACCUGAACAUCCUGCAUCACCUGGUGAGCCAGCCCAACGGGAAACGCUGUGAGUUCAUCAUGGAGGUCACCGACAAGACCCGCGCUGACGUCAAGGGUGGUACUCUUAUUCAGUAUGAUAACAAGCUGCGUCUGCUGGAGAUAGCCCAGGUUCCCAAGGCCCAUGUAGAUGAGUUCAAAUCAGUCACCAAGUUCAAGAUCUUCAACACCAACAACCUGUGGAUCUCUCUGGGUGCCAUCAAGAGGCUGCAGGAGCAGAACGCCAUGGACAUGGAGAUCAUCGUUAACCCCAAGACACUGGACGGCGGUCAGAACGUGAUCCAGCUGGAGACGGCGGUGGGCGCGGCCAUCAAGAGCUUCGACAACGCCCUGGGCAUCAACGUGCCGCGAUCCCGCUUCCUGCCCGUCAAGACCGUCUCCGACCUCCUAUUGGUCAUGUCCAACCUCUACAGCCUGGAGGCGGGCUCUCUCACCAUGAGCCAGAAGAGAGAGUUCCCUACCACGCCCCACGUCAAGCUGGGCAGCUCCUUCACUAAGGUCCAGGAAUACCAGACGCGGUUCGAGAGCAUCCCUGAUAUGCUGGAGCUGGAUCACCUGACUGUGUCCGGUGACGUCACGUUCGGAAAACAAGUUUCUCUCAAG